GACCUAAAACAUAAUAUCAAACAGUGAAUAUUUGUGCAACAAGCAACCACCCGAAAUGACAGUACAAGCACCUGGUCGACUAGGCGAUCCUUCUCUCAAUGUUGCCACAGAUCCGAGAACACAACCUGCUUUGGCUGCGUUGAUGAAAGCAAUGCAGCUCGAUGCGAACCAGGAAAAUGGAUUCUCUGGAACAGACUUUGAUUCGAUUCACGCCGGUAUUGCGGAUGCUUCUGCUAUGAUCGGUGGCCUGUAUAACAGCGUUCCUUUGGAGCUCCCAGAGGACAAGGACGAAGACGAGAUCGAGUCGAGGAGCGUGACAGUUAAUGGACAAGAUGGACACAAAAUUAAGCUCACAGUGGUGAAGCCGAAAGCCGCUACUGCUUUGCUGCCCGGCAUUGUUUAUAUCCAUGGUGGAGGUAUGGUCAUCAUCGAUACAGACUCGCCCGUUCAUAACCGCUGGAUCAAAUCCCUUGCUCUUCAAGGAACCGUCACCAUCAUGGUGGACUUCCGGAAUGCGUACACGCCCGAGAAGUACAACCCCUUCCCCACAGGUUUGAACGACUGCGUAGCUGCGGUGAAGUACGUGGCCGCCCAUCGCGCAGAUUUUGGAAUCGAUAAAUUCAUCGUACAAGGCGAAUCUGGCGGCGCCAACCUCUCUUUCGCGACAGCUUUAAGGGCUAACCGUGAGGGAUGGGCUCACGAGAUCGCGGGCGUUUACGGGUACGUUCCGUAUAUCUCUGGCGGUUAUGGAUGGCCCGAUGAGCGGAAAUUUCGAGAGACACCGUCCCAAAAGGAGAAUGAGGGUUAUUUUCUCAGCGCCCCGAUGCAAACUGGUAUGGCAUGGUAUUAUUCGCCCAAGGAGGGAGAGCUGGAGAAUCCGCUCGCCUGGCCAUAUCAUGCGAGCGAAGCGGAUCUCGAAGGUUUGCCGCCACAUGCUAUUAGUGUCGAUGAGCUCGACGGGCUGCGAGAUGAUGGAAUCCAGUAUUUUCGAAAAUUGCUCAGGGCUGGUGUUCCCGUGUCUUGUGAUCAGAAUCUGGGUGUCGUGCAUGGAGCGGCGCUGAUUUUUAGGCAUGCCUUGCCUGAGAUGAAUAGGAAACAAAUCCGGAGCAUUGCAGCCUUCGCAAAGCAGCAGUGUCGGUAAGCCGCUUGAUCACUCGGAAGAGAAGCAGAUAUAUCAUCCAACUACGAAAACAAAUCCUCAUCCC